AUGGGAAAGACAAAGAAAAAGAAUUUAAGAAGCGGAGUAGACAAUAUAAAGCCAUAUCCUAAUUUGGCUGAUCAGAUCGUUGGUGAUCGGGUAGUGUCUAAAAAGAAAGAACCAAAGAUACGAUUACGUCAGGAUGAAAAUGAAGAGGUUAUUGGUUCACAAUUAUCCAGGCGUAUAUUGGACCAAGUAAGAGAACAAAAGCAAGAAAUAACUGAUAGUGAGGGUACAGAUAAAAAUCUACUCACAUCAUUAGGCUCAGGAUCUGAUUCAGAGGAAGAUGAAGAAGAUAAACCUAUAUUUGGUGAAGGAGAAUAUGAAGAUUAUUAUGAACAACUGGAAAUCAAUGCAGAUGAUGAAAAAGCUCUAGAAAUGUUUAUGUCUAAAAAACCUGAUGUUCGAGUAACUUUAACUGAUAUGAUCAUGGAAAAAAUUACUGAAAAACAAACCGAAAUACAAACUCAAUUUACAGAUGCUGAAAGUGUUCAAUUGCAAGAUUUGGAUCCACGUGUAAUACAGAUGUAUAAGGGUGUUAGACAAGUAUUAAGCACAUAUCGAAGUGGCAAAUUACCUAAAGCAUUCAAAUUGAUUCCAAAGUUGCGGAAUUGGGAACAAAUUUUGUUUAUAACUGAUCCUUCUACAUGGAGUGCAGCUGCAAUGUACCAGGGUAUUCGUAUAUUUGCAUCUAAUUUAAAGGAAAAUAUGGCUCAAAGAUUUUACAAUCUUGUUUUGCUACCUAGAGUUAGAGAUGAUAUAGAUGAAUAUAAAAAAUUAAAUUUUCAUCUUUAUCAAGCAUUGAAAAAAGCUUUGUUCAAGCCUGGAGCUUUUAUGAAAGGAAUACUUAUUCCUUUGUGCGAAACUGGUACUUGUACUUUACGAGAGGCGAUUAUUAUUGGAUCUGUUAUAGGCAAAAAUUCUAUUCCUAUGUUACAUUCAGCAGCAGCUAUUUUGAAAUUAGCUGAGAUGGAGUAUAAUGGAGCUACAUCUAUAUUUCUUAGAAUACUUUUUGAUAAAAAGUAUGCCCUUCCUUAUAGGGUUAUAGAUGCAGUUGUUUUUCAUUUUCUCAGAUUUGAGCAUGAUGAUAGAGAAUUACCUGUUUUGUGGCAUCAAUCAUUAUUGACUUUUGUUCAACGCUAUAAGACAGAUAUAAGUUCUGAACAGAAAAAAGCAUUGUUAAAGUUACUCAGAACAAAAUCACAUCAUACUAUUACACCAGAUAUACGCCGUGAAUUAGAAAACUCCUCGUGUAGAGAUAUAGAAAUGCCUGAACCCAUGUAAUAAGCUUAUAUUGAUAUAAAAACUAAUAUCCUUGUGUAUAAUAUACAUAUUAUUAUGUUGAUUAAUUGAUUGUUUUUUUUGUAUUAAACAUUUGGAUAGAUUUCUAAAUGUACACUUAUUUUUGUACAAAUCUGGAUUAUUAAUAAAACUAAUAAUUAGGACAAUUUUAAAGAAAUUGAACAAUACUCUGUAGUCAGUCUGUACCACAAAAAACUGCAAUUCUACUAUACAUCCAAAUAAUGGAAUUCUUACUCCACUGUUGUAUGUGGCAUAUGCCAGCUAGUUAAACGUUUAAAUUGCAUAAUAUUUGGCCAAUGAAGCAAAUGAGCUGAGGCAGCACUUUGUUAAAUAAUAUUUUAGGAUGUAAGCACCACAGUAGAGGGACAGUGCGAGUUUCGAGUGAGAGACGGCACAUGUUGUGUUUAGAUUUUUAGAGACGAGUAUAUUUGUGUGUUUGUUUUAUUAUUAAUAAAGAUUUUCAAAAUAGA